ACUCUGCUUUUUCGAAAGGUUCUCUUUCAAUCUCUUAAACUCAGUUGAAAUUUUAAUUCAAUCUUGAAUCAUCUUACUCUUUGGUAUAUACCCAAUCAAUCUUGAAGUUUUCCUUCAAAAACCCUUGAAACAAAUUCUGGCUCUCACCAAAAAUGGCUCCAACACCGUCAUCUUCCAAAGCAAACCAAACCCAAUUCAAAACCCCGCAAUCAAAACACCGCCUUAACUUCACUUCAGCGAGAACCACAGCGCACCCAUCUCCAAACCCUAACUCUAUAGCCAAAGAAGCCCCACCACAAGAACACCCUAUAGAAGUUAUUGGAAGAAUACGAAACUUUCCCAUUAACAACACCAAAGAAAAAGAAAAACCCGUUUCAUUCUUGCAAAUCAACCCAGAUAAACAAACCGUGAGAUUGAAGGCUGAUAUUGGGUACAGAGAUUUUACUCUUGAUGGGGUUUCUUUAUCCGAAGAAGAGGAUCUUGAUUGCUUUUACAAGAAGUUUGUGGAGUCAAGAAUCAAAGGAGUGAAAAUGGGGGAUAAAUGUACAAUAAUGAUGUACGGACCAACUGGUUCUGGCAAGAGUCACACAAUGUUUGGGUGUGCUAAGCAAGCAGGGAUUGUGUACAGGGCUUUGAGGGAUAUUUUGGGGGAUGAAAAGGAAGGCAGUAGUGAUGAGAAUGGAGAGAGAUUUGGGUUUGGGACAUUUGUUCAAGUAACUGUUUUGGAGAUUUAUAAUGAGGAGAUUUAUGAUCUUCUGUCAAGUAAUGGUGGGGGUGGAUUGGGGAUUGGGUGGCCUAAAGGCAGUGGAUCUAAGGUAAGGCUUGAAGUAAUGGGGAAAAAGGCAAAGAAUGCAACCUUCAUAUCUGGAACUGAAGCCGGAAAGAUUUCCAAGGAGAUUCAGAAAGUGGAGAAAAGAAGAAUUGUAAAAAGCACUCAAUGUAAUGAGAGAAGUUCACGAAGCCACUGCAUGAUAAUUCUUGAUGUCCCAACAGUAGGAGGACGGCUGAUGCUUGUUGACAUGGCUGGUUCUGAAAACAUUGAUCAAGCUGGUCAAACUGGAUUUGAGGCGAAAAUGCAGACAGCAAAGAUCAACCAAGGAAAUAUAGCAUUAAAGAGAGUGGUUGAAUCCAUUGCAAAUGGUGAUUCUCAUGUUCCUUUCAGAGAUAGCAAAUUAACAAUGCUUCUACAGGAUUCUUUUGAGGACGAUAAAUCAAAAAUCUUAAUGAUUCUGUGUGCAAGCCCGGAUCCAAAGGAAAUACACAAGACUGUCUGUACCCUUGAGUAUGGUGCAAAGGCAAAAUGUAUCAUUCGUGGGCCUCAUACACCAAUCAAGGAUAAAUUUGGCACUGAAGAUUCUUCAUCUGCAGUCAUUUUGGGAUCCAGGAUUGCUGCCAUGGACCAGUUUAUCUAUAAGCUGCAACUAGAGAAUAAGCUCAGAGAGAAAGAGCGCAAUGAAGCACAUGAAAAGCUCUUAAAGAAAGAAGAAGAAGUUGCUCGGUUGAGAGAAAAACUCCAAGUUGUGGAAGGGAAGGAACCUGAAGUAAGUGAACAAGAGAUCAACCUGAAGGUAACAGAACGAACUCAGGAUCUCAAACGUGAGCUGGAGAAGAAAUUGGAGGAGUGUCAGAGAAUGGCUGAGGAGUUUGUUGAAAUGGAGAGGAGAAGAAUGGAAGAAAGGAUACUGCAACAGCAGCAGGAAGUUGAAAUGCUGAGAAGGAGGUUAGAGGAGAUUGAGUUUGAGCUUCGCCAUUCAAGGGAUCAAGAGGUUCGUGGUUCAAGGGACUUAGAUGGAAGCAGCUUUGCCAGAAGGCUAAUGGGCAUUUAUGCAGACGAGGACCCAGGGAUGGUAAAAUCAAUGGACCUAGACAUGGGUGAUGAGCCAUCUACUCGUGAAGUGAAAUAUGUAUAUGGGAAUUUUAAUCAAGUUGAUAGUACCAAUAUCCAAGGCUUUAACAAUUAUCCUCAUUCAAAAACUGCUGCUGAGGUUUUAGAUCCCAAUGUUUUUACAUCUAAAUAUGGUGACAAAGUAGUGUUUUUGAGCACUGUAUAUGAGGAGGAAGAAAUAGAAGAGGAGGAGGAACAUAAAGAGAAUGUGGAGGAUGAAGAAGUGGAGAAGGUUAUAAUAGAGGAAAAGAAGGUGUGUUCGAGCAGGAUGGUUGACGAAAGUAGCCCUGGUAUUAGUAUUACUGCUGGCUCCUUGGCAUCUUCUCCUCAAAAACUUUAUUUGACAUCUGGUGAGCCUGAUAAUUCGAAGGAUGCAGUGUCCUCCAGAAGAGUAAGAAUUCAAAAUAUUUUUACCCUUUGUGGAAACAACAGGGAGCUCUGUCAACAGACAAGAACUCCAGUGCUUGCAAAAUGGAGUACUGAAAACAUUGAUCCUCUUGCAUCUCCAAUUGGGGAGUUUUCCUCGGAUCCUACUACAGCUCUAGUCCUGAAAGAGAAAGAAACAUCAACACUGGCUACCAAACUUCCAUUCGGAAACCUGUCAAAUGGCCAGCUUGCUCCACUGCCAUUAAGUCCAAUUCAGAACACACUGCCUCUCACACCAAAGCAAAGUGAUUGUCAAUCUCCCAAGCCUUCUGGUUCUGUAGAACUUGCCACAUGA